AUGAGCCCAGAGGAGGAAGCGGCUGCCGUCUCAGAGGAUGAACUGACCACUAGUGAGCCUUUUGAUGCGAAAAUGUUUGAGGAAAUUGAAGCCGCCGAGGAGACGGAGUCGGCUCCUGAAGUCAGCAGAAUCUCUGAUCGCAUUCCACAGCGCUUUUAUGCCUAUCGAGCCGAUGUCAUCAUUUGCACCAACAACUCUGUCGAGCACUUCUGCGGAGAUUGA